GGUGCGAGUUUUUUGUUGUGAACCGCCAGAAACGCGCGUGGAAAUUGCAAUAAAAGAAGGAAAAGAAACACGAACACAUUGCACAAAAAUAUUUUUAUAAGCUCAUAUAUAAUUGAAUACGUGAAAAAACACAAUGGAGUUUCUUGAAUACAAUGAUGUAUCAGCUGAAAUAAAGGGAGCUAUGGUUCCCGGUCGUUUAAAAAUGACUGACCAAAACAUAAUAUUCAAAAACAGCAAAACCGGCAAGGUGGAGCAGAUAUCAGCAAAUGAUAUAGAUUUAGUGAAUUUCCAAAAGUUUAUUGGAUCAUGGGGCCUAAGAGUAUUUCUAAAGAAUGGUACCUUACACAGAUAUGGUGGAUUUAAGGAUGGGGAACAAGAGAAAGUUGCAAAAUUCUUUAAAUCAAACUAUAACAAAGAUAUGUUGGAAAAAGAGCUUUCACUGAAAGGUUGGAACUGGGGGACAGCUAAGUUUAAUGGUGCAGUUCUAAGCUUCAACGUUGGCUCUAAUACUGCCUUUGAGAUUCCUCUGCACUAUGUCUCACAGUGCAACACUGGUAAAAACGAAGUCACACUAGAAUUCCAUCAGAACGAUGAUACUCCUGUAUCACUAAUGGAGAUGCGCUUUCACAUACCAAGCAAUGAACUGUCGGGUGACAUGGAUGCUGUGGAGGCCUUCCACCAGCAAGUCAUGAACAAGGCCAGUGUCAUAUCAGUCUCAGGAGAUGCUAUUGCUAUCUUCAGGGAACUACAAUGCCUCACGCCUCGUGGUCGCUAUGACAUCAAAGUAUUUCAGACUUUCUUCCAACUGCAUGGUAAAACAUUUGAUUACAAGAUACCCAUGUCUACAGUACUAAGACUGUUUCUUCUUCCACAUAAGGAUACAAGGCAGAUGUUCUUUGUUGUGUCAUUGGACCCUCCGAUUAAACAAGGUCAAACUAGGUAUCAUUAUCUAGUGCUUUUAUUUGGUAUUGAAGAGGAGACAAGUUUGGAAUUACCAUUUACAGAGGAAGAAUUGACAGAAAAAUACGAAGGUAAAAUAAGCAAAGAGCUGUCGGGUCCUACUUAUGAAGUGCUUGCUAAAAUUAUGAAGGUCAUUAUAAACAGAAGAGUCACUGGACCUGGAGACUUCUUGGGUCACCACAAGACACCUGCUAUAGCAUGCUCGUACAAGGCAGCAGCGGGAUAUCUGUACCCGUUAGAGAAAGGGUUCAUUUAUGUACACAAGCCGCCCGUUCACAUUCGCUUUGAAGAAAUUGCCUCAGUCAACUUCGCUAGAGGCGGCGCUUCAUCCACCAAAUCUUUCGACUUUGAAAUAGAAUUGAAGUCUGGCAGCAUUCAUACAUUCAGCAGCAUAGAGAAGGGAGAGUAUGACAAGCUCUUUGAUUACAUCACGUCAAAGAAACUGCACGUCAAGAAUACUGGCAAGAAUGACAAGGCGCUAUACGACGACGACUUCGGCGACUCGGACACAGAGAAGGAGCCGGACGCGUACCUGGAGCGUGUGAAGGCUGAAGCCAAGGAGCGUGACUCCGGGGACUCCGACAGCGAGAGCACCGACGAGGACUUCAACCCUGACAAGGCUAACCAGAGCGACGUCGCUGAGGAGUACGACACGAAUCCGUCUUCGUCCGAAGACUCUGACGCAUCAGGGGCAUCCAACGAAAGUAAGAAAGAAAAGAAAAAAGAGAAGAAACCUAAGAAAACAAUCACAAUCUCGGAAGCGCCUCGCAAGAGAAAAGAGAAGUCAAAGAAAAGGGAGAAGGACGCGAACGCCCCCAAACGGCCCGUCACCGCGUUCAUGUUGUGGCUGAACGAGAACAGGAAGAAGAUAAUAGAAGACAACCCCGGACUCAAAGUCACAGAGAUCGCUAAGAAGGGUGGCGAGCUUUGGCGUGACCUCAAAGAUAAAUCUGAGUGGGAGGAGAAAGCGAGUAAGGCGAAAGAAGAAUACAACACAGCUAUGAAGAAGUAUAAAGAUAGCGGAGCGGCAGACGAAUUUAAACAGAAGAAGAAGGCUGCGGAGAAGGAGCGUAAGGCGGCCGACAAGAAGAGUAAAGCGCCGCCGCCUUCCAAGAAGUCAAAGCCCGCAGCCGCAGCGCCCCCCAGCGGCAAGUUCACCAGCAAGGAGUACAUUGAGGACGACGACAGCUCCUCUGACUCUGACAAGGAAAAGAAGAAGGAUAACAAAGAUUCCAAGGAUUCGAAAAAGGAAAAGAAAGACAAGAGCUCUUCUUCAGAAGCGGAAGCGUCUUCGGGAUCCGGUAAUGAAAGCGGAAGCGGGAGCGGGAGCGAUUAGACAUAACUGUAGAUAUUACUUAUUGAUUAAUAAAUAUUUGAAAUUAAGUUUAUACAUAUUAUAAAAAACACAACACAAAUUUAAAUUGGAUACAAGAACGAAGUUUCGUUGUUUAAAACCAUUCUU